AGUGGACGCGGCAGUAGAUAGAUGUGCUCGAGAUCGGUUUGCAAGAGGAGCGAGAGGUGGAGGAGAUUCGAGAUCGGUGAUGACCUAUGGACGAUGCGCGAGGAUCGUUAAAUCGACGAGUGCCGAACCGGUUCGUCCUUGGUCCCCGGCUCGACCCCGAUCGAUCGUCAAUCACGCGAAAUUACCGCGGAGAGACUUCCCACGGGAGACCACGCGCCGAGUACGCGGCGAGGGUGGCAAAGAGGGAGAGAAAGAGGGAGGGAAAGAGGAUUUUUGAGAAAUAAUUGUCUAGAAUCGUUGAAAUAAUGUUCCUGCGCAUCGACGACAGGCUGCUACGCUUCGGGCUACUGUUUCUGUUGUGGAUAGGCUCGAGUCGUCAACAAGAGGAGGACAUACCUCACAAUGAAGUGAAAAACUGGGCUUUAAAGUUCGGCGUGGAUCUAUGGGAGUUUGGUAAACAAGUAACCAAAAUGAGCGAGAUACAAAGGAAAUAUCACGAAGUGGAGGCCAAUGUCGUAAAAAGGGAUGGUCUCGUUCUCGUUCGGGAAAUGGCCUUGGAGGUGAAAAACAUGAUGGACUUUAAAAUGAAUGCUGUAAUGAGAUUAGUGGAGAGUGCCGAGCAGGCCGCAGUAUCGGCGCCGAGGGAAGGAAACGUGUCGCCCAAGUAUUACGCCUCGCAUCGGCUUAAUAACUUCGUUAGCGAUGAAAAGGGCCCUGCGCAAGAGGUAUCUCUCGUUGCGAAUCGCCACUUCGAUCAUCUAGCAGUGAAUGUUAGUUUUUCUGCCGUGCUCCUACCAAACGGAGUUAAAGACAUUGAACGUGACGUUGCCUCGGGUAUUCAAUGGAGCGAGUACUUGGAUCUACUAUUUGUUAAUAAUUACGAGAGUGACCCUACGCUAUCGUGGCAAUAUUAUGGAGCGACAACAGGAUUUCUACGUCGUUUCCCAGCGAUAUCAUGGCCGCCGAUGGAGGGUACACCUGGAGCGCCCAAGCCCUCACAUCAUCGGGCCGUUCGUGAUGUGUAUGACUUUAGGAUGUCGAACUGGUUCGUUGGGGCGGCAAACAGCCCGAAGGAUCUAGCGAUAUUGAUCGAUAGCGCGACGUACACGUCCGACAGAAAUCGACGAUUAACGAUAGCCACGACGAAGAUCGUCUUGGACACCCUAGGACCAGACGAUUAUGUGAAUGUAUAUCGUUACGGCGAGAAUGCCGAAGAAAUCGUGCAGUGCUUCAAGGAUAGUCUGGUGCAGGCGUCGCCCGAAAACAUUCACGAGAUGAAGGUAGCCUUGAGCUCCAUGAAGCACGAGGACACUGCGACCAACAUCUCAGCCGCGCUUAGCACCGCCUUUGAGAUCCUUCACAAAUACAAUCGCACCAGUCAGGGAAGCCAAUGCAACCAGGCAAUUAUGCUUAUCACUUCCGACACUGACGGCCCACCCACGGAAGUGAUAAAGCGUUACAAUUGGCCGCACAUGCCCGUACGAGUCUUUACCUAUCUCAUCGGUGGUGACAAAAGCCUCGAUCUCCAAAACACAGCCUGCACUAAUAAAGGAUUUUACGCAAGAAUAACGAAUGCGGACGAAAUCCAUAAUAAAGUUUUCGAGUACGUGAAGGUUUUAGCGCGACCUAUGGUACUUUAUCAACAUGAUCAUCCUCUUCACUGGAGUCCCGCUUACGUAGGUGGAAAAAGUAGUAGAUUCGGCAAAGAAAAUCGAGGCCAGUUGAUGACGUCUGUGACAGCUCCGAUUUUAGAUCGCCGAAAUUAUACGGUGAAAACGGCUAAUUUAUUGGGUAUUGUCGGAACCGAUGUACCUGUCGAGGAGAUUCAGAAACUCGUGCCGCCUUACAAGUUAGGAGUUAAUGGAUAUUCGUUUAUUGUUGACAAUAAUGGCAGAGUUCUGUAUCAUCCUGACUUGCGGCUUCUCCCUGGAAACACAGAAUACGAUGAGACAUUAAAACCUUCGUACAUAAGUGUAGAUCUAUCGGAAGUUGAACUCGCAGAAUAUGAUGGCCCUUCGGCCCCCCCGAACAAUUCGCUCCUGCUCGAUCUAAGACGCGACAUGAUCGAUCAAAAGGAAGGAGAAACAGACUUUACAAUCAAAAUACAUUAUGAUGAUAUGAAACGAGUUACAAUUAGACGGCAUAAUUAUUUUUACAAACCAAUCGAGGGUACCCCGUUUUCCUUAGGCUUGGCUCUACCUGAAGGUUAUGGCAUGUUUGAAUUACGAGCCGAGCAAGAAAUCAAGCUCGCUAUCAUAAAUGUAACGGAGUAUUUUAAGGGGAAUAACUGGAAAGUGCAUCCCGAUUGGGUUUAUUGCGAAUAUAAUUCAGCUUCCGAUAAGUUCUUUUCCUCCCCGGAAGAACGCGUCCUGCACUUCCUGGCACGGACGCGCAGACCGGGAUGGAAAUGGAUGUCCUUGAGACCAAGGAGUCCUAGCUCGCAUCACAAACAGGCGAGCAAGCCGGAUAAAGAUUCUUAUUAUUGUGACAAAAAACUAGUGCAAUCACUGGUCUUGGAUGCUCUGGUGACAGACGGAUUCGAUAAGAGGGAAUCGCAAAGAAUGCAUAAAGAAGAAAACGAGAACCCUAUUGCCAUACUGAUGGCUCUACUGCACAGUCAGGGCAGGGGUAGAUUCGGCGUCACCAAGAGCUUCAUCGCGACCAGGAGCGGACUCUUGCGAUGGCACGAGCAUCAAAGUGACGGAAACGCCGAGCAACCGCGGUUCGCUGAAAGACAUGCACGAGCCAUGGAUUCAUCGUGGUACAAACGAGCAGUGGAUCAACACUCCAUAGAACCGGAAAGCUUUGUUUUCAGCGUACCAUUUAACGCGGCCGAUACAACCGAUAUGAGUGAUCUACUCGUCACCGCCACCCAUGCCAUAUUCAUCGGAAAAGGUCAUAAAGCUCCAGCGGCGGUAGUGGGUUUGCAAUUUCAACAUUCAUCUUUGGCGGCCCACUUUGUGAACAUCACCUCGACAUGUACCGGAAUGACAGGAUGUAAAAAGAAUUGCGCCUCGGAGGAGCUUGACUGUUACAUUCUAGAUAACAAUGGAUUUAUCAUCAUAAGUGAACGUCACGAGCAUACCGGAAAGUUUUUCGGCGAGAUAGACGGCACUAUAAUGGAUUCCUUGGUGCAAGAUAGGAUAUAUAGGAAAGUGACCGUCAUCGAUUAUCAAGGAACUUGCAGCCCUCAAGAAUCUCAUCAAUCAUCUGCGCCGCGGAGUCUAUCCGAUUCUAUCGUAACAACGGCGGCUGCAUUCGGCAACUUUCUUUGGACUUUGACGUUAAGUCUCAAUAUUCAAGACUUAUGGCAGACGACAUCAGCGUUCGCUAACGACGUAAUGGAUGAUGAUCUGGUAUUCACCGACGAUGACGAGACACACGAGUUUGAGUCGUUGACGCCUGCCGAUUCAACAGAUGAAGUAACAUCGAAUGAGAACAACGUAUAUCUGAGAUUUCCAGUAAUCGCGCCAGCGACACCAGCCUCGCCACCGACUACACGAGCUACUUCCGCUCAUUAUCCAAGAAAAUUACGGGCCUGCGAGAAGAAAACAGAUUUGUAUAUUCUACAACCCGAGCGGCUGAACACUAGCGGCCAAAGCAAUCCUCUAAAAGGAAAGCUUACCAAUUGUCACGUAACCGGAUGUGAAAGACCAUUCAGCGUCCAAAAGAUCCGUCACACCAAUCUGAUAUUGCUGGUGGUAGACACGUUGUGCCCGUGUGGCAGUAAACAGCUGAGCAUCGACCCCAUUGAGGCAUUGACCGAACCCGGAGCAUGUACGGCGAGGAGGGAACGCCUAUAUCGACGAAGACCACCGAAAUGCAUAAACUAUCAUCCAGAAGAGAUGGAGAUCAAAUUUUGCGGUAGCGCCGGCCGUCUAUUUAACUACUCGUUGAAUCUUAUGUUUCUCUUAUUCGUCAUUACAGUGCGGCUUGCGUGACUUUGUCAGGAUUAAUUAAUCGCGCGUAUCCGAACGUGCGCACAAACACAUAAACACACAUACAUAUACACGUGUUUACAAAUUACAUUUUUAAAAUGGAUUUAGCGUUGUCGUUUCUAUGGAACAGUUAUAAAGAAGUAAAGGAGAAAAGAGGAGCAGUGUACUAGAUACGCAAAUUUACCACUGUUUGAUACAAGGGUGGUGAAAAAAAAUAUAUACACAUACACAUGACGCAUAUAGAAU